AUGUCCGAAGGUGAGAAGAAAUCGUCGAAGAAAGCUCCCAAAGGCUUCAAUGCUCGCAAGUUCUUGAUAGAUUUGGCUACCGGAGGUACGGCUGCUGCCAUCUCGAAAACUGCCGUCGCACCGAUCGAGCGAGUCAAGUUGUUGCUUCAAGUUCAAGAUGCUUCGACCACGAUUGCCGCUGACAAGAGAUACAAGGGUAUCAUUGAUGUUUUGGUGAGAGUACCCAAAGAGCAGGGCUUCACAGCUCUGUGGAGAGGAAACUUGGCCAAUGUUAUUAGGUAUUUCCCAACUCAGGCGUUGAACUUUGCCUUCAAGGACGUCUACAAGAAGUGGUUUGUCGCUGGGUAAGUUUUUAACUUUUUUAUUGGUUUUUAGGUAACAACGCUUGAGAGAAGAACGAGGAAAGUUGCCGUGAAGUUUUUGGAAUGUUUUGGUGAAGUUUGAGCUUGGUUUGACUUGAUUUGGUUGAGUUACAACAGUUUUUGUUCAGUAUAAUAUAAUUUUUCUUUAAAAUGGCUUAUUUUUUCUACUUUUUUUGAGGUUUUAGUCAUUUAUAACAUUUUUUCUUCUAGCUACGAUAAGAAGAAGGACUUCUGGAAGUUCUUCGCUGGCAAUUUGGCUUCUGGAGGAGCGGCCGGAGCUACCUCACUUGUGUUUGUCUAUCCUCUCGACUUUGCUCGUACUCGAUUGGCCGCUGACGUGGGAAAAGGCGACUCUCGUGAGUUCAAAGGUCUUGCCGACUGCUUGGUGAAGAUUGCCAAGUCUGAUGGGCCUAUUGGCCUCUACAGAGGAUUCGUUGUAUCCGUCCAAGGUAUUAUCAUCUACCGUGCGGCCUACUUUGGUAUGUUCGACACAGCCAAGAUGAUGUUCUCGGCCGACAAGAAGUUGAACUUCUUUGCUGCAUGGGGCAUUGCUCAGGUAAGCCUUUGGAGUGUUUUUGAUAUUGUUUUAGAUAUCUAAUAUGAUAUUUUAAAUACUACGUUACUUUAGGUCGUCACCGUCGGGUCCGGUGUCCUAUCGUACCCAUGGGACACUGUUCGUCGUCGUAUGAUGAUGCAGAGUGGUCGUAAAGACAUUUUGUACAAGAACACGUACGACUGCGCAGUGAAGAUCAUCAAGAAUGAGGGUAUGAGUGCCAUGUUCAAGGGAGCUCUGAGCAACGUCUUCAGAGGAACUGGCGGCGCUCUGGUAUUGGCCAUCUACGAUGAGAUUCAGAAGUUCUUGUAG